AUGGCUACUAAGAAACCCAACAUUCUCUACAUCAUGGCCGACCAGAUGGCCGCUCCCCUUCUGGCCUUCCAUGACAAGAACUCCAAAAUCAAGACCCCCAACCUGGACCGUCUGGCUGAGGAGGGCGUCGUCUUCGACUCGGCCUACUGCAACUCGCCCCUGUGUGCUCCCUCACGUUUUGUGAUGGUGACCGGUCAAUUGCCCUCCAAGAUCGGUGCCUACGACAACGCCUCCGACCUGCCGGGCGACACCCCCACCUACGCGCACUACCUACGUCGCGAGGGUUACCACACGGCGCUGGCAGGGAAGAUGCAUUUCUGCGGUCCCGACCAGCUGCAUGGCUACGAGCAGCGCUUGACGAGCGAUAUCUAUCCGGGUGACUACGGAUGGUCGGUGAACUGGGAUGAGCCGGAAAUUCGGCCUGAUUGGUACCAUAACAUGUCCUCCGUCAUGGAGGCAGGACCCGUCGUGCGCACGAACCAGCUGGAUUUCGACGAGGAGGUGAUCUACAAGUCCACCCAGUACCUGUACGACCACGUGCGCCAGCGCAACGACCAGCCCUUCUGUUUGACCGUUUCCAUGACCCACCCUCACGAUCCGUAUGCCAUGACCAAAGAGUUCUGGGAUCUGUACGAGGAUGUGGACAUUCCGCUGCCCAAGAAUCCCGCCAUUCCCCAUGAUCAGCAGGACCCCCACUCGCAGCGCGUCCUGAAGUGUAUCGACCUGCUGGGCAAGGAAAUGCCGGAUGAGCGUAUCAAGGCCGCGCGACGGGCCUACUACGCGGCCUGCACCUACGUCGACACCAACGUGGGUAAGUUGUUGAAGGUCCUCGACAACACCGGUUUGCGGGACGAUACCAUUGUGGUUUUCACGGGUGAUCAUGGCGACAUGCUGGGCGAGCGCGGGCUCUGGUACAAGAUGGUCUGGUACGAGAACUCGUCGCGGGUGCCGAUGAUUGUGCAUGCGCCCAAGCGCUUUGCUCCGAAGCGCGUCCCGCAGAACGUGUCGACCAUGGACCUCCUGCCCACCUUCGUCGACAUGGUGGGCACACAACUGGUCUCGGAACUGCCGCUGGAUGGCGUCUCCUUGUACCCGUACCUGACCGGCCAGGACGGCUUGAAGACCGACACCGUGCUGGGUGAAUAUAUGGCCGAGGGCACUCAAUCGCCCGUGGUGAUGAUUCGUCGGGGGAGAUGGAAAUUUGUCUACUCGUUGAUCGACCCGCCGAUGCUCUUUGAUCUGGAGGCCGACCCCGAGGAGAAGGUCAACUUGGCGGCCGGCGUCGUGGUGGAGACAUCGUCGCGCCUGCCCGCCGCACCUUUGGUCAAAGCAGCGUCGGCACCACCGCACCCCGCCGCUUUGCCUACGCCUUCAGAUACGCCGCGCGCGUCGCCGCGAGUGCAGCCGACCUCGUACCCGUUCCCCAGUCCUCCGCGCACGCCCAGCCCCGGCAAGAGCGUGCCGGCGCUGCCCGCGACCACCGACCCGGCGAAAAUGCUUGCAUACUUUGUGGACGAAGCGCAGGGCCGCUGGGAUAUGGAACGCAUUCGCGACGACGUGCUCCGGUCGCAGCGCCGGCGACGUCUGGUGUACUCGGCGCUGAUCCGGGGCAACCCCGCGAUCUGGGACUACGAGCCGCGAGUGGAUCCCAGCGCGCAGUACGUGCGGAACCAGGGCAAGGGGGCCCUGGACGAUGUGGAGUUGAUCUCGCGUUGGCCUCGCGUGUUGCAGCAGGCGGCGACGGCGGCGGGGGCACCGGUUUAG